UUUCCGGUUUUGUGGGAACGGUUUGACCCAAACAAACGCCGGUGAAGGUUCACGUGUGAGGAGAAACUUGUGAGACUGCUGUGUUUCGUGUUCUGUUUACAUGUGGUCUUGCGGAGAACCGAGCCGGACCGCUAACCGGUUAGCUGUGUCCCGGCGUUAGGGCACAUUAUUACACGUUUGUUUUGGCGUCAUGUCGCCGUGGUUUAAGUCGUGUCAGCGGUGUUUCCUGCGCAGCUCGGUCCUUCACGGGGGGGUUCAGUGCCUUUCAGCGGUCACCGGCAGACGGGCUGAGCUCCAGCUACACUCCGCUGUUAGUCGCUGCUGCUCCACGGUGCAGGGCCAGGUGAGGGUCCGGUUUGCCCCCAGUCCUACAGGCUUCUUACACCUCGGGGGUCUUCGAACUGCUCUCUACAAUUAUAUCUUUGCAAAAAAGUAUGGAGGCUCAUUCAUCCUGCGACUGGAGGACACUGACCAGAGCAGACUGGUACCAGGAGCUGCAGAGUCCAUAGAGGACAUGCUGGAGUGGGCUGGUAUACCUCCAGACGAGAGUCCUCGUCAAGGCGGGACAGCGGGUCCAUACCUGCAGUCUCAGAGACUGGACCUAUACAGUCAGACAGCCCAGCAGCUAGUGCAGAGUGGUCACGCCUACUACUGUUUCUGCAGCUCUCAGAGGCUGGAACUACUGAAAAAAGAGGCUUUAAGGACUGGACAGACUCCAAGGUAUGACAACAGGUGUCGUCACCUGCGGCUCGACCAGGUCCAGGAUAAACUGGCUCAGGGAGCAUCGCAUGUGAUCCGAUUUCGUCUGGAAGCUGGGGUCGAGCCUUUUCAGGAUCUGAUCUUUGGAUGGAAUCGUCAUGAAGUGGCACAGGUGGAGGGGGACCCAGUGGUGAUAAAAGCAGAUGGUUUUCCCACGUAUCACCUCGCUAACAUAGUAGAUGAUCAUUACAUGAAGAUCAGCCAUGUGCUGCGGGGUUCUGAGUGGCUCAUCUCCACCUCCAAACAUCUCCUCAUGUACCGGGCUCUUGGAUGGAAGCCGCCCACCUUCGGACAUCUGCCACUUCUGAUGAACAAAGAUGGCAGUAAACUAUCCAAGAGACAGGGGGACAUAUUCAUUCAAAGCUUCCAGAAAGAUGGGAUCCUGCCGGAGGCUCUGCUGGAUAUCACAACAAACUGUGGAUCUGGAUUCAACACUCAUCGAAUCGGGCGGAGGAUAGAUGAACUGAUAUCUGAGUUUAAUCCUUCAAAGAUCACAACUCAUUCUGCUUUGUUAGACCUGGAAAAACUUCCAGAGUUCAACAGAAUCCACCUGCAGCAGCAAAUUGAAGACGAGGAGCAAUGCAGUCUGCUGGUAAAAGACCUGCAAGGACAAAUCCAGCAGGUUCACACAACAGAGAUUCAGGAUAAAGAAGUGCUACAUGAGGAUUAUAUCAGGCGUGUGCUACACCUUCGUAAGGGUCACAUAUCCUCCCUGAAGGAGCUGGUAAGCCCUCUUUACUCUUACCUUUGGGUGCGUCCUUCCUUCUCCAGCCAGCAGGUGGCAGCACUCACUGCAGAGGCCCAGCAUAUUGCUUCUUUAGUGCUGAGGUUGAUAGAGGAGCGAGGUGAGGAGCUGUCAGUGGAUCGGCUUGGUAAAGACCUGAAGAAUAUGGCUAAGCAGACUAAAGCCACCAAAUACAGAGAGGUGAUGAAGCUGUUACGUCUGGCUCUCAGCGGUCUGCAGCAAGGUCCCAGUGUCGCUGAGAUGAUGGUGUCUCUGGGACCUGCAGAGAUCAGUCAUCGAUUCCAGAAGCUUCUGCAGCUUUCAGACAAUAAUUAAAGACUGAGCUGUCUGUCUGUCACCACAUCGCCUUACAUUCACUCUGCUGACUGAAGGGAACCUGAAGACAACAGCUUCUGUACGUUGAAAACAACAUGCUUUACCUCCCAAGUGGUGAUUCUGCUAAAAGUAAACGGGCUGCACUGGAAAUGAACUCUUCUCCUCUGAUAUGUUGAGUAAUACUUGAAUUAAUACAAAUAUUUUAUAAACUAA